AAACUCGGUCACAAGAUGGAGGCGGAAAGCACCGUUCGGCCUCAGCGGCGGCGGCAGCUUCCCCCGGCCGCCUUUCAAACUACGCUUCCCGUCAUGCAACGGUGGAGAAAGGGGGCGUUCCUAUCUCUCCCCGCCGCGAAACCUCCCUCCGCCUGAGGAGACAUGCUGCCGCGGUGCACUUCGGGACUGGUAGUCCCGCGGCGGGCGGGCGGCAACCCUGAGUUCACUCUCAGGCCGCGUUCACGGAGGGGGGCGGGGCCUACAGUUCGUGUCGCCUCAGGCUGGCCGAGGGUGGCGGGCGAGGGGCUGAGGUGAUUCCCCCCUCCCCCCGGUUUGUCUGAGGAGAAACGCUGCGCUGCUCGCGGUCUCUUUGGCAACGGGCGGCAGCCUCUGUUUCUGGGCUCCCUGGGGGUGGGGGGCGGCGGCCCGAGCCUGACAGACGGUGUGAGGUGGGCGCGGGCGGAGGGAGGCGAGGCGAGCGGGAAAGGACCGACCCCCCCCCCCGGGUCAGGACAAGUUUGGGUCUCCUCAGGAGUAAGGCCCGCUGGGCCCGGCGGGGCUUGCUUCCAGGUAAAAAAGCGCGCGCGCGCGGCGGCGCCGUAGUAGCUACCGGGUCCGGUUCGGUUGCAAAAAAGGGACCGUUAUUGUUAUCGUUUCGAUUAUAUGUUUAUUUUUGUGUUGCAGCGGGGGUGGGGGGUGGGGUUGCCCCGCGUUGUCGCCUCUCUCUCUCUCUCCGCGGCGGGGAGAAAAUAGAUCCUUGCUCAUGCAAACAUAACACUUCCACUGACCCUGAACUUUUUGCAACACUUUUGGGUGUGUGUGAAGGCCCCGCUCCGUUUCGAUUUCGUGAGGGUGGCGGGGUUAAAUAAUAAUAAUAAUAAUAAUAAUAUUUUAAAAGCAUUUAUUAAUUUUCCAAUAAGAACAUCCAAUUAACAUAUCAAAUCAAAUCUAAUAAAAAUAAAUAACUUUUAAAAAGUCCAAUUGUCUUCCAAAUUGUAAUAAUUUUUUGUUUUGGCUUCCCACGGCCUGAAUUCCAAAGCGCUUUCAAUAUCAUAGUCCUGCCUCUCAUCAUCAUCAUCAGUGUUUUUCAUAUUUCCAUAUCGCGAUUUUAUCCUCCACGUUUUGUCUCUGGCUCUGUGAUCCUAAUUCAUGUCAGAAAACAGAUACUUUUUUUUCUAUGGAGUGCAGAUUUGUCCAUAUAUUGUACUCUUUUAGCUGUUUUUGUUUUUCAUCGCACCACUUCAUUUAAUUGCAUCCAUUCCAGACUUCUGUCCAGCUCUUUAUUAAUAAUAAUAAUUUUUUUAAAAAUUAUACCCCGCCCUCCCCAGCCAAGACCGGGCUCAGGGCGGCUAACACCAGGUAUAAAAACAAUGGAUUAAAAUACAAUUUAAAAACAAGAUUAAAAUACAACAUUAAAAUACAGCCUCAUUUCAGUAGAAAUUCAAAUCCAGGAAGGAUGGGAAGGUAGGACUGCAGAGGAGCUGCCACCUUUGUUCUGGCAAAAUACGGGGAGGGGCAGUUGGGGGGGGAGGGCGAUUCCCCCCUAAUAAUAAUAAUAAUAAUAAUAAUCUGGUGCUAAAGUGACUUCAAAUUAAUCCAUUACACGCAAGAAUGUUACUGGCCCAAAAAUGGAAAAAGAAGUCCCAGUGAAAGAAGAAUGGAUACAAAAACCUAUGGAAAAUGCAGAAGUUGUGAAACUUACCGGAAAAAUAAGAAAUCAAGACAAACUUUUAAUAAAAGAAUGGAAAUGGUUUAUUGAGUACAAACAACUGUAAACAGAUAAGGACAUGGGCAGGAUUAUUGUAAUAACCUGCAGUUUUAUAAGAGCAUGCAGAAAGAGGGGGAAGGAAGUCGAGUUUUGAAAUGUUAUAGUGGUUGUGAAAUUACUGACAUGUAUAAAAUUGAAAAUCAUAAAUAGAAAUGAAAGAAAAACACACACAAAGUAAUCCAUUGCAAUCUAUUGCAGCCCAACAGGAUGGCCCCUCAGGAAUUUGUCACACAGAGAGAGUGAGUUUGUAAAUCUGUCUGUGUUUGGCUACCCAGAGCUUAAAUGCAUCACCUUUCACACACCCUUUCAAACACAUGUAUUCCAGAGGAUCCCUAGCCUGGGGCAGAGAGAGAGGGGACAAAACUAUCAGUACAGGACAAUCCUGUAUAUACGACAGGUGGCAACUGUAUGCACAAGGCUACAAAGGAGGGAACUUACUGAUUUAUUCCAGAUCAGCCUAACUGCAAUCUCUCUGGAGUAAAUUAGCGUUUCAACGGGGCACAUAAUGUUUCUAUAUCCCAUAUGCAGCCAGAUUUUGUGCAUGCUGCUUGGAAAGUUAGCUGCAUUCAAGCCUAUACGUUUAAGUAUUUAAGUAAGACUUUAAGCCUGUACAGCGCAUAUAAGCAGGACUUGUAGCAGCUCUUUCUUCUUUGCAGCAUGGAAAUUGCUAGGUAAAUAAUUGUUUGGAGGGUCCAACCCAGUUCCAUAAAUAUUAUUUCAGUAUUUAACAAGCAUUUGAUUUUUUAUCAGUAUUUUAAACGUGUUGGGUUCCCCCCCCCAUGUAAACUGCUUAGAGGUUUUUAAGUACCGUAUUUUUCGCCCUAUAGGACGCACCGUCCCAUAAGGCGCACCUAGUUUUUUUGGGGGGAAAUAAAGGAAAUUUUUUUUAUUCCCCCCCCCCAGGCGUGGGGCUGCGGCGGGGGAAGCCCGAGCUUCCCCCGACCCCAGCCCCCAGAACAGGCAACUCUCCGCAAGCCAUGGGAGCCCAGCGCCGGGCUCCCGCGCCUUGCGGAGAGCUGCGCGAAGUCUGGGCGUGCUGAGCUCAGCGCGCCCAGGCUUCAGCAUGCAGGCAACUCUCCACAAGACGUGGGAGCCCAGCAUGGGCUCCCACGGCUUGCAGAGAUCUGCGCGAAGCCUGGAGAGCGAGAGGGGUCGGUGCGCUCCGACCCCUCUUGCUCUCCAGGCUUCAGCGAAAACCUGCAUUCGCCCCAUAGGACGCACACACAUUUCCCCUUCAUUUUUGGAGGGGAAAAAGGGUGUCCUAUAGAGCGAAAAAUACGGUACAUAAGAAAAGCCUUGCUGGAUCAAACCAAUGUGGCAUCCUGUUAUUGAGAUUCCUGCAUUGCAGGGGGUUGGGCUAGAUGACCCUUGGGGUCCCUUCCAACUACAUAAUUCUAUGGUCAGCCAGAACCCCAUGGGAAGCCCCAAAACACGGCUUAAGUGCAACAGCAGUCUCCUCACUUGUGUUUUCCAGUAAGUGGUGUUCAGAGACAUACCACCUCCACUACUGGUGGCAGCCAAGAAUAUUUAAUUCUAACCUGACCAGCCAUAUGUAAAGCUGACUAUGGGAGGAGCCUUAUGAGAGUUUCAUUCGUACAUUGUUUAUAGUCCAGACCUUCAGUGUGCUCAAGUCUGCAUACAUGGUCAAAGGGAAGAAGAAAGACAUCUUUGUUUGGUUACUGUUUGGGCUGAAUGUAAACUUUAUUUUGAUAUUCUUUUUCAGGGUAAAUGGGUUUGCAUGACAUUUUCCAUGAACUAAGGCAGUUCCAUGUCUUGUUUGGUAAGCACAUAAUUUAUUUUGACUUGCUUCCAUUUGUUUGGACUCUUCAAUAACGUAUCACAAUGUUUGUAGCAUGUUGCAGGUAUACAUCUGGUUUGUGUGCUUUAACAAACAAAAAAUUAAACAGCACAAAAUAACUUUCCCAUUACUACCUUUGGUUGCUUCACAUUUCACUAAACAUGCUAAUUUUGAGAACUACAAAGUGAGAAUGGGAAAUGUGAGUUCUUCAAGUGUUUUCCAUAGAGGGCACAACUCAGGCCUGCUCUGCUUCACUUUUAUAUGGGAUAUUCUUUGGGUUUUAAGAAUGGGCUACUAUGGAUUCAAUGUCUGCUUUUAUAUCUGCGCCUAAACAUAGUGGCCCAAGUUUUGGCUCAAAAGCACACAGCUGCCAGGCUUCAUUCAAUACUGAAGACCUAUAGGGAGAUCUCUAUUCUGUGAUUGUAUACAAUUCCCAGUUCAACAAGGAUUUGAGGCAUCCCAGGUGUGCCUGUUUUUCGCAUCAUGCAUAUAAUGUUCUCAUUCAGCUGGCAGCCUGCAAGCCCCCCCCCCCUUUAAUUUGAACUUUGCCGAGCUGUAGAUAAUGUGGUAAGGAAAAGAUCCAACAUAAAAUCAUGUUAUAUCAACCGGAUAUACUGAAGUUUAUUGUGUGGGUUGUUGUUGGUUUUUUUAAUGUGGGGCUUUUCUGGGUACCAUCUAUUGCCACACACCCUACUUCCAUUGGCAAGUUUCUUCUUGGUUGGCUGCUGUUGGGACCAGUCUUAACACCCAUGUCCUUUUAAUUUUUUUCAACUUGUUGCUUUGUGCAAGUGUGGACUACUGUAUUGGAAAGACUUGUAUCGUAAAAAUAAAAAAUUGGCUGUGUACACAGGUAAACCAAAGCCUCUGCACAUGCCUAUAGUGGACCUCAGGUUUCUGGGACUCAGGGAAGGUGGGGAAGCACUAGCUGAGGGGAGGGGACAACAACAUAGUAUGUGCAUGGGAAACACUGAGAUAGCAUUCAGUUGAAAGCACUCAUGUGGACAAAGAUGCACAUAAGUGCCCAUGGAAAAAUUGGAUCUGAGUGACCCACACACAGUAACACUUUGGUAUAUACACAGCCUAUAUGGACCAUUGUUCAAAGAAGAGCCGAAGACUGCAAUACAGUUGUACCUCGGAAGUCGAACAGAAUCCGUUCUGGAAGUUUGUUCAACUUCCGAAACAUUCGACUUCCAAAUCAUGGCUUCUGAUUGGCUGCAGUAAGCUCCUGCAGCCAAUCAGAAUCCCUGUCGGAUGUUUGGCUUCCAAAAGAACAUUUGAAAAUCAGAACACACACUUCCGAUUUUCGAUCAUUCAGCAGCCGGAACAUUGGAUUCCCAAGGCAUUCGGGAGCCAAGGUACGACUGUAGAUUAUUUGGAGAAAUAAUAUUUGGACAUGAUUUUUCAAAAUGGUGUUAAUUGUCCAGAGAUUCUGGAUAGUCUGGGGUAGGUUUUUACUUUAUUACUGUUUUAUGAGGUUCCAGCUGCCCAUCAUUAUAGGCCACCUGGUAACAAAGCUGUUAAAAUAUAAUGGAGGGAACAUUUAUUGACUGUUAUUCUUUUCAAGGACUGUUCCUGUAUUCUACGGACACAAAUUGAAUCCAUUGGAGCAGAAAAGCAAUCAGAAGGCAGCAGCACUCAAGACUUGGUAAGAGAAAAUGUAUAUUAACUUGACCUGUUUCACUAGUGUUAGUCCUAGUAAAAUUAUGUCUGCAUUCUUGAAGCAGAGCUCGCACCAUUUAUUUUCUGCUGUCUUUGUUAUGUUUCCAAAUGUAAACACUUGGUACCUCUGUUCUCAGCAGAGAAUAGUCAUCAGCCCAGCAAUAAGAAAUGAGCCGGUUCCUCAGAGUGUUUUUGAGACAAUUACAUGGAGAGACAUAUCCAUUAUAGAUAUAUCUGAAUUAAGGAGAGCCACAUUACUGCGAUUCAGAAUCCCUCACAGGGCUCCCGUCGCUAGCUAAGCCAAGCAGAGUUUUCUGCAGGCAACAUGAGAAAUUUUCCCUUCCACAGCUGAGAAUUUCUGGUGGACCAUAGCAAGAGUACGUAAUUUGGAUUGUGGAACCAGUUAAUUUCUCUGCUUUGGUUUUAUAGUGCUGCUGUUCCAUGAGUUAGAAUCAUAGGGUUGUAGCGCUGGAAGGGACCACGGCUCAUCUAGUCUAACACUCUGCAAUGCAGGAAUCUUUCACCCAACCUGGGGCUCAGACUCACAACCCUGAGAUUAAGAAUCUCAUGCUCUACCAACUGGGCUAUCUAGUUUUCACAGUACACCGCUUUGCAUAUGUUUCUGGGAAAAGCAAUUUAUACAUUUUUAAAAUAAAAUAUAUUAAUUUGGCUGCAUUUGCAAGUAGCAGCACAUAAGUAACGCUGUAAUGCUUGAUGGACGGAAAGACACUAAGUCAAGCAGCACAUGGUAUUGUAACUUGGCACAGUUCCUGAAUAUAAUAGAAGUGGAAAUACAAUGGAAAAACAUGGUAUAUGGUUUUUACUGUCUGAUAUAGUAGGAAAUGCAGUAUUUAAUUUUCUUACUCUUAUUUCUCAUCUGUGUGGGAUGAAGUCUCCUUUAUGACAUCUAUAGUAACUAAUUCACCCUCUGACACCAAAAGCAAUGGCAAUAGAAAAAGACUUUGUCAUGCUUCUGGAAGAUGUAUAGGCUGGCAGAUCUGCAAAAUUAACAUGAAGUUACACUGUUCACUGCAAUUUUAUACAAUAAAAGUGUGUGUGUGUGUGCAUCUUUUUUUCUAUUCAGACAGAUGAACCUGCUUUAUAUUGGGGGCAAUCGGCUCAAAGAGGAGAUGAAGAAAUAUCAUGGUCCUCGGAUGUAUCCCAUUAUGAUAUCCAGGUGGAAAUAGGUAACUGACUAGUUUGUAAUCAGGGACGCAGGUGGCGCUGUGGGUAAAACCUCAGCGCCUAGGACUUGCUGAUCGCAAGGUUGGCGGUUCGAAUCCCCGUGGCGAGGUGAGCUCCCGUCGUUCGGUCCCAGCUCCUGCCCACCUAGCAGUUCGAAAGCACCCCUAAGUGCAAGUAGAUAUAUAGGUACCACUCCGGCGGGAAGGUAAACGGCGUUUCCGUGUGCGGCGCUGGUGCUGGCUCGCCAGAUGCCGCUUAGUCACGCUGGCCACGUGACCCAGAAGUGUCUCCGGACAGCGCUGGCUCCCGGCCUCUUGAGCGAGAUGAGCGCGCAACCCUAGAGUCGGACACGACUGGCCCGUACGGGCAGGGGUACCUAGUUUGUAAUCUGAAAUAAGCUAUUUCCUAUUUUUAUAAUUGAAAGGGCUUUUACUCCAUUCUUCAGCUGAAAAAAGGCUUAUAGGGAGGGUGAUUUACAAGUACCUUAUCUUCCUACCUUGUCUGGUUGAAAGAUCUUUAGAAAACUGGACGGUAUUGUUUCCUGGUGUGAAAAUCCAGUGUUUUGCCAAUGUUUGGCCAAUACAUUUGAGCCAUACAACAUUUUUAAUUGAUCUUAAUAUUUGCUUGUUCUGUUGCAUCUAGCUCCAUCUGACUGCUUGUUUUCUUUGCGAUUAAAAUAUCAGGCCUCAAUGCCCUUUUGAAACAUAGUAGUUGCAGUGGUGUAAGUGAUGACUUCCUCUUCCAAAGAUGCUGCAGACUGCUAUCCUGUUCUCUCUGUCUCUUAGCCAGGGAAUGCCUCUAGCCCCUUCUUUUUACCUGAGGGAGGUGCAAGUUUGCAUUGUCCUCUGAUGAAAAUCUAUUCAUUGCCAUGUGGGAAGGUUCAUGGGAAUGUUCUCAUUUUGAAGCAGCGCAACACAAGUGCCUUUGCGUUUUAACGGCCAGCCCAAUGUUAGUUGCUGCCAAUGGUUACUCUGGGACUGAUGGGAGGGUACCACUUGUGGCACCGUGAGGCAGAAGCCUAUUUUUAAAUUGAUUUGAAUUGUUUUUCUUAUUCAAUCCCCAGUUUGCUCUUCUGCCAACACUUUCUUUUAAUCAGUGCCUAAAUGUUUUUCACAUGUUGUGUAUACACUGUCCAUUGAUGUGCUUUCCUGUAUGCAACCUAAAGAGUAUUGCUAUCCUUUUGAGGAUAUUCCCAAAUGCAGCAUUACGACUGGAAGCAAGUCUUCCCUCUGUAGAAUCUCGGUCCUGGCAAAGAACUCUUAAUUAUUGGCUCCGUCUAAAUCUAAAUCCACCUGGUCUACUUCCCUUAGUGACACAAGACCCCCAUAAAAGUGUGUGGUCUAAAAUUGUGCAAGAAAAAUUCCUCUCCUGCAAACUCCACCCACAUCAGCUUCUCACAAUGGGCUUUAUUAAAGCAAAAAGGCUAAUUGGACAGCGUCUGAAGGAUUUAGUGCAACAGAGCAAUCUGGCCAUUAUAAAGAAACUCUGUCCUUGUUAUGCCUCCCCCCCCCCCCCCAGUUUGAUUCCCUGGCACCAUAUUUGUAUAAAUUAACUAUCCCAAAAUACAGACGUGCCUUCACACUGGGCAGAUUGGAUGUGAUGCCGUCUGCCGUACUUGAGGGCAGAUACCAAAAGAUUCCAACUGAGAAACGACUCUGCCCAUGUGGAGAUGGCAAUAUGGAAACAGUGGCUCAUGUUCUCCUGUCCUGUCCCCUAUAUAAAGGUCUGAGGAAUGAGAUCAUCACCCCAUUCUUACUUACCAUCCCAAGCCGCCCAUCUGCGGCCAUAUUGUUCUUUCUUUUAUCGGAUCAAAAUGAUCAGACAACAGCAAAGGUUGCUAGGUUUAUCGAGGGUGCAGUGAGAUUAAGGACCACUAUCUGAACGAUAAUCUUGGUCAUCUGAUUGUCCCUUUUACCUAUUGUUGUUUUUUUAAUUGUAAAUAUUGCUUGUUUUAUGUUGCUAUGGCAGUUGGCUAAUGCAAAUAAAGUUUAUCUAUCUAUCUUUUGAAGAUACCAAUCUUUGUCAUUUAGCACUCAGCUUGACCUUGUAAAAAUGGUUUGAUGGCACUUGGUAGCUGUUCCUUGAGAGCCAGUGUGGUGUAGUGGUUAAGAGCGGUAGUCUCGUAAUCUGGGGAACUGGGUUCGCGUCUCUGCUCCUCCACAUGCAGCUGCUGGGUGACCUUGGGCCAGUCACACUUCUUUGAAGUCUCUCAGCCCACUCACCUCACAGAGUGUUUGUUGUGGGGGAGGAAGGGAAAGGAGAAUGUUAGCCGCUUUGAGACUCCUGAAGGGGAGUGAAAGGCGGGAUAUCAAAUCCAAACUCUUCUUCUUCUGAUAAAUUAGCUCCUAGACAUAGAAUCUAUUCCAAAACCCUGUGAUAGUUGAGCUAAGUCAAAGCCAGACUUGCAGCAGUGUCUUUUUUGGUUGCUCAGAUUAGCUGUUUCCUUAUGUGCAGUCUCAGAACAGCUUUUUCUUCAUAAUCUGUCAGUAUUUGCCUUGAAUAUUGGGAUUGUACGAAUGCUAAAUGAUAAAGCAGUAACUAAGAAACAUUUCAAAGUUGUUAAAGUGAUCAACUUCUGUUUUGCUAAUAGGAAGGGGAUGCAGCAACUUAACUUCAAUCUACCUCGCGCGUCAUAUCCCUACAGGAACACUGGUGGCUGUAAGGAUUACAGAUCUGGAAAGAUGUUCUGAAGAACACUUGAAAGCUUUACAAGUAAGACAGAAGUUUUAACAUUUUAUAUAUUUAUGAAGUUAAACAUGUAAAAGGAGAGGUGAUUUUUAAACUUUAUACAAAGUGCUUAAAAAUGAAGACCCUUUGAAGUUGCCAGGUUAUUAAAAAGAAAAGUACUUCUAGAUAUGCUAAUAAUUCCAGAAAACUUGUGAUUAGAUGCAGGGACAGCUUUCUCAAAUUGCAUCUCUGGCAUUGUGCAACAAUCCAAAAAUCUAUUCAUUUCUGAUUCAGGGAUUGUCUUCAGAGUAGCAGUAGGCUGUGGCUAAGGGUUUAUGGACUGUUCCAUUGCCCUUUUAAAUAAUUAAAACAUGUAUUCUUUCAUCUAGAAUGAGGUGGUUUUAUCCCAUUCCUUUCGACACCCCAAUAUCAUGACUCUUUGGGCAGUGUUCACUGCUGGAAGCUGGCUUUGGGUUAUUUCUCCUUUCAUGGCCUACUGUAAGUAUUCUGUUGAGGAAAGCUACACAUUAACUGAAUUAUCUCUGUAGGGGCUCAUUAAGGAUUGUGUCCAUUGCAUUGCAAAUGGACUUCCACUCAUGCAGCAGGACUCUCAUUUUCUCUCUUCAUCCCUGCAGUCCACCCCCCACCCCAAAUCCACUCCAGAGGAUCUUCCAACCCUCUGAAGCAGAUUUUGAGGGUCCAUGAGGUGCUCCAGGAAGCAGGAGAGAAUGGGAAAUUGAUGUUGUGACAGUGGGAAUCUAUUCUGCUCAUGCAGUUGCAGUUUUGAAUGCAACUGUGUUUAGUUUACAUAUCAUGCAUUUGAGCUAUCAAACUUAAGAGCAGCUUGCUCGUUUAUUGAAAAGUACAUAUAUUGCUUAAUAUUUUUAAAGCCUGUACCUUUUGCAGGUUGACAAGAUGUAAGUCAAGGAUGGGAUAGACCAGUUGUGGGGAACCUCCUGCCUUGCAGUCCUUAUUAGGCCCAGUAUGGUUUCCAGCUUGGCCCACAAGGCCAUUUCUUUCAAAGCAUAUGUGAUAUCAGGAGUAGGGUAGGCAAGGACCUUGUUCCUUUGUAGCAUAUGGGAGCUUAAUGUGAGCUCCCAGUUUUUCUGCAAGUGCCUUGUCUGUAGGCCAAACUGUGCCUGUAAACAGACUUAUCAGUGGUUACCAUAAGCCCUUUGAACUUUGACAGCACCACAGGGCAAUGGAAUUACGAAUCUGGCCCAUUGGCCAGAUUCAGUUCUCUACACAUGAGGCAGCGUCUUCCUUUAAUGCCUGCUUCUUUUAAGCAGUGGGACUACCUCAAUAAAGAGGAAAGAGAGAAAUUGGCUGUUUUGUAAAAAGCUGUAUCAUUCAGGUCUGCUCUUGAGUCCACAGGCAAAUUCUUGUGUGGCAAUAUUUUUAGGGGCAGCACUGAUCAAUACAAAAAGAGCAUUUCCAAUAUCCUUCAUAAUAUGCAAAAUUGUUCCUUGAACCUACAUAGUUGUACACUAUGUAGCAGCGGGAUCAGAUUUAUGCAUUACACCUUUCUGAAUUAUGACAGGAAAUGUCAACUCUGCUUUCAUUGCAUAAAUAAUGUUUUGACUUGCUAGCAAGUUACAUGCACCUUUUCUAGGUUCAGCCAGCCAUCUACUGAGGACUUACUUUCCUGAAGGCAUGAGUGAAGUGUUGAUAGGAAAUAUCCUGUUUGGAGCAAUCAGCGGGUUAAACUACAUGCACCAACAUGGCUACAUUCACAGGUAAUAUGUAGAGAGGUUUUUAAGAAAAUGACAGGCGAUUGGGACCAAGGGUAAAUAGGAAGACCAGAGUCCCCAUCUCUGUUCUAUUUGGGUGACUUGAGAUUUUUGAAACUGUUGAGUUGGCACAAGGCACUCUUUGCUCUGUGGUGACCAUAUCUUCAUGCACCAUCGUUCAGUGAGAGCUGGCAUUAUAGUAUUCCUACACUGCAGUCAAGAGCAACACAAAACACAGUGUACAUCUCCAUUAUGCAUGAUACACUCGCUUUCUUAUGCGACGCAGGGUAAUCACUCUUCAUAUGAACAAUCCUGUAUAAUGUGUGUUAGAAUCUUGUUUUUCUCUUAAUCCAACUAAACCAUCACUUGUUAUGUCUUUCAGAAGUAUUAAAGCUAGCCAUAUACUGAUUUCAGGGGAUGGCCUGGUGUAUCUUUCUGGAUUAAACCAUCUUUGCAGCCUAGUGAGCAGUGGAAAACGGUUAAAAGCUGUGUAUGACUUCCCCCAGUUCAGUGCAUCAAUGCUUCCCUGGCUGAGUCCUGAGCUACUGAGACAGGUCAGUAUAUGAUGCAGUUCACUGUGGCUGAGCAGUCGUGCAGAAAAUACGUAUUGGCACAGAUUGCAUCUAAGAAAUGUCUAUAAAGAAUUCUAAUUGUGCAUUAUAAAAGCUAAUAUUAAUUACUUAAUGUCCUCCUUUUUAUUAUUAACAUUUGACAUCUCAGUGUUCUAUAUAACACUAUAAUUAAAUACAUGCAUUUCACAUUAUUUGAAAAGUUAUGGAUAAUGUGAAAGGCAUGCCUUUAAAUUGUUGUAGCCCUAUAAUUUAUGUUGAAAUGUGAAAUUAUUUUUGCCAAUUAUUACUGAAAUUAAGUGGAAUGGUUUCGCACAUCCAUACAUGAUGAAAUGCUACCUCUUAAUCAACCAUAUCUUCCUUGUAGGAGCUGCAACAAUUAUUCUAACUCCUAAAUUUUUGUAAAUAUUUCCAUCCCUCUCAAUUCCUCACAUUAUUGGGAGGAAUGCUAGAACCAUUAAGCUGGAGGUCUGAUUUCUGUCUACUUCUAUAGUUAUUACUUGAGAUUUUAAAGAACAUUAAAUGAUCAGGCCUUAGUAGAAUAUCAAGGAUUAUAUAAUGAUGAAUGGGAAAUUAGAAACUUAGGUCUAAGCAUACAGCUGUAUCUGGCUUGGCAUGACAUGUACUUAUAUUACCAAGUUAAAUAUUACCAAGUUCUUAACGAAUCUUGUUUGAGUGACCCAGAUGAAUAAUUUACACACACCUACAUAUAUAUGCAGGAACUAAUACCACAGAUUACAUGACAGUGGCUUUCAUUACGGAAGUAGUCUCCUAGUCCACACAGCAUGCAGGCUCCCAGAAAGGAGAUUGUGGCCUCUUUGCUCCUUCACAGUCAUUUUGCUGCUACACAGCUUGCUCCAGUUUAGCUUAGCAUCUCUUCCAAACCUAGGCUUGUGGUUUAGCUCUCUCUAGACUAACCAUAAGCCUUAACCAAGAUUUGUCCUAUGAUUGACAGCUCAUGGUUUGUUCAUGAGUCUAGGUUCAAACAUGUUUUAGCAUGGCACAGGAGCAAAAUGACUAGGGAGGAAGUGAUCUCUUCUGUAGUCAGUACAUUUGCACUAAGUCUUACCGCAACUUGAAAACCAGGCCAAUAUUUUCCCUGUUGCAGUUAGUGAUCACCAGCCUGUUUGUCUUGGCUUAACCCUAUAAAGUACAACCCUUUCUCCCAGUUUAAACCACAUCAAGUGGGUUCUGACUUCGUGAUAAACCUAUGAAAUGCAGCCUGGCAGAACUGGCACAUAAAUUUAUUUCUAGCUUCUUACAGGUUUCAGGUAUUUCAGUUUAAAUAUGAUUAACCUUGGUACCGAUUUUCAGUAUAAAACGGCACUGAAGACCAUAGCUGUAUUUUAUGGUGUUGAUAUUCCAUUUUGCACAUGAAGCCAUUUGAAAGGAAGCUAAAGGUUGUAUUAUGAACUUGUUAAAUGCAGCAAAUACCAUUUUUGUGAAGGAAAAAUAGUGCAGUUGUGUUAAAACCAGUACUAUACUCGAAGGGCAUAACAUUGUGUGCUUCAGGGCUUGAAUGUAGCAACAGGCUUAUUUUUAUUUAUAGGGUAUCUUUUUUCAAAGAAGAAAAACAACUUUUUAUAGUUGAAUAUGCAUGUUUAUUUCAAUUCAUGGCACAUUGGCAUGUAUUCAGCAGUUAUCAAUGCAAUCUCUUCUUCCAUAGGAUAUGUAUGGCUAUAAUGUGAAGUCUGACAUCUAUAGUGUGGGCAUUACAGCAUGUGAACUAGCUAAUGGGCAUGUACCUUUUCAGGAUAUACCUCGGACGCAGGUAAGGCACAAAACUCUUCAACUUCUGAUCGAUAACAAUGUCACGAAAAGAGAGGUGACAAUUUUGAGGAUCUCGAACACCUAGCUACGUAAUGCAAUAAGACUUCCUCUGUUGUGAUAUUUCUAAAAUGUAUGUGUUUCAGCACAUUUGCAAACAUCAAAAUGCAUCCUUUCUGGUGCUCUAUUUUUAAAAAAUGUUGCAAAGUGGUUCCGAAAUGUUUACCUAUUCAGGAAGCAUUGUUUUGAAUAGUGUUUGUGCCAAGUUUGUUACAUGUUCCCUGACUGUCCAGUCUAAGAAGCAUUGCCCUCACUCUGAUUGGAUUGUUUGCUCUUAGCUGGCUGUGUAGCUUUGUGACACUAUAAUAUAGAUAAUUGAUUGGAUUCAGAAGCAACAUGAGAUAGGGGAGUGGCAGUGAACAGCUUUCAUAAAAGGUGCACAUUUUAGAAUCAUGCCCCCCCCAAUAUUUUCACUGAAAGUACCCCUACUGACCCAGAAAUUAAACAGGUGUACAUUUGAGGUGUACAGGUAGGGCUAAGACAGUCAACGGACAUUUUCUUUCAGAUGCUGCUGCAGAAGCUGAAAGGUCCCUCUUAUUGUCCUUGGGCUAUAAAUACUUUUCCGCGUGGUGAAUCCAGGAUAAAAAAUUCUCGAUCAGGGAUUGACUCUGGAAUUGGUGAAAGUAUGACACACACAAUGACAAGUGAGAGAUUGCAGACUCCACCAAAAACUUUCUCCCCGGCUUUCCAUAACUUGAUAGAACUCUGUUUGCAACAGGACCCAGAGAAAAGGUAAGGCUGUUAGAAUUUAGUUGCUGCAGUUAAUAUUUGUAUGGGGUUCAAAGAGCUUUCUGAUUACUUGAAAACCUUGUUUUAUACAUGAGCUCGAAGUUAUCAAGAACUUCCCUCUGUAUAUUUCACAUAGAUGCAGUACAUAAAUGUAUAUUUUGUUCACUCACAGUGCAAAUAGAUAUGUAAUUUUUGGUGUGGAUGCACCUAAAACUUUUAGUUGAUUGGUAAGUGGGCAAUAUGGUCACACUUUCCUUGCGUUUUAAAAGCUAUUUUGGAAAAUGUCAAAAUGGCCUUUUCUAACCUAAGUAUAGCUAUAUAUUUAAUCAGUUCAAGAGGCAGUUAAUUAAUUAAAUUCUACAGUCAGUUGAUAGUCCCAAUUUUAAAAUAUCCACAUACAAGGAGCCGGAAGCUACACUUUUUGCAGGGUUUUUGUUAUUUUGAAAAUGAGUAAUUUUAACAAGUGGGGAGCUUACUUAAACUGGAAUGCCUAUGCUUGAUUUUUCUUUCUAUUGACUGACCCUGUAACAGGCAACAAGAGAAGGGGAGGUUUUUACAGUACUAGCUAACUCCAUUGGCAAAGCUUAAAAUAUCUAAGUUCUGUUUUUCUUCCUGGGAUCUAGGCCAUCAGCAAGAGGUCUCCUGUCACAUGCUUUUUUCAAGCAGGUGAGCUUGUUACAAAUUAUUAGAUGUGUAAAUUGCAGCUAAAGACCAAGGCUUUGAUCGAGAAAAUAUUCGUGAACUGGGUACACAAGCUGCUCAUAGCUGAACAUGGCUGAAACUGUGGUGCCUAUAGCUGGAAGGCAAUGUAUCUGGAGCAGUUUGAUUGCAAUUGGAGAACUACCGCAGGUGGGAUUUGUGCACAAUAUGCUUGCAGAAGGGACACAAUACAAUUGCUUCUUGUACUACGUGGUAGACAGUGUUCUCAUCAGCGAUGGGGAAUAUCUGGCUGCAGGUGCUACAAAUGAGCAAGGAACCUCUGGCCCUCAAAUGUUCUCCACCCCUUUCUAGUGUCACUAAUUCAUUGAGCCUGGUUACUGAUAGUUGCAUGCCCUGAGAAAGUAAACCAGAGCUUUAGAAUCUGAAUUCUGUGCCUCUUGCAAGUUAAUGAGCCUAUGCAAAUAAAUUCACAAUGGCUUUGGCAUAUUUGGGGGUAAAGGGCCUGACCAUUAGGUCCAGUCGUGACUGACUCUGGGGAUGCGGCACUCAUCUCGCUUUAUUGGCCGAGGGAGCCGGCGUACAGCUUCCGGGUCAUGUGGCCAGCAUGACUAAGCCGCUUCUGGCGAACCAGAGCAGCACACGGAAACGCCGUUUACCUUCCCGCCAGAGCGGUACCUAUUUAUCUACUUGCACUUAGACGUGCUUUUGAACUGCUAGGUUGGCAGGAGCAGGGACCGAGCAACGGGAGCUCACCCCGUCGCGUGGAUUCGAACCACCGACCUUCUGAUCGGCAAGUCCUAGGCUCUGUGGUUUAACCCACAGCGACACCCACGUCCAAGUUCACUAUUCCAAAUCACUGUGUUCUCUCAUUUCAGGUAAAAGAACAAACAAAGGGUUCUUUACUUUCACUGCUGCCUCCUGCCGUCCAACAUGUCCAGCCACAGGUGCCAACAGUGUGUUCAGCAGCCAUCUGUAAGACUGGAUGCAUUUUGCCAAAUGAGAGAGAGGUGUACUGGGAAUUCUAAAGAUACUAAACCAUACCUCUGAUAUCUCUCUCUAGGAAAAAAUAAUGUGAUUUUUGUCGCUGCUUUUUCCUUUUCGUGUUCAAAAUACAAAUAUUAGUUAUAUACUUGAAAAUGUUAAAAAUUUUGUGCCAAUACUUUAUAUGAGGGAAAUUCUUCCAAAGUGGUACUACAGAAUGCAGUAACCCUCACUUCUUGAAUUACCAUAAACGUCUACACUUUCUCAAGCAUCUCCCUUCCAUUCUUACAACUGAAUUGCAAUGGUGCAUAUUUUAGCCUGGUAUGGCAUGUCUGAUAUAUCUAUGCCUUUACUGCCUCAGAAAUGUUAAUCUAAAAUACUAUUUCCCUUCUCUCAGCUUGUGUGUGCGUGUGUGUAUGUGUGUGUACUGUUCAUCACAUAUAUAAACUUCUUUAAAGUAAUGCCUAUUCCUACUUUAAAAAAUUGGUGUGCAAACCAUUGUGAGCUUUGCAGGCCACCUACCCUCCAACAUUUGUUGGUGUAGCCAUUAACUGAGGCCUGGAGAACAGCUGUGAUCUUUAAUGCAAGGUAUCUUUUUAACAAAACCUAACCAAGGGAGAAUAAUUUGCAUAACAGCAGUAAAACAGGAGUUUGAAACUGCUUGAUUAUAUUAUUUAUAAAGAGAUUGCUUAAUAGACCCGCAGCUCUAAUUGGAAUGGCACUGCCUUGGGCUCACAUCUCACUAGCCUUUAAAAAGGCAACAUCUCAAGUUGAAUACUGUUGCACCAGCGAGGAAAAGGAAUCUAUGUGGCAUACAGAAGACCCACUGAAUGGAAGCAUGGCUUUAAUACUAUGGCAAUACAUGACUGUUGGAGGUAUACUGCUGCAAACACUAUUCUAGGAAGCAAAAGAUGCUUAAAUGAGAUGGGACUUCUGCCUUGCAUUUUGUCCUCUUUGUUGUGCCUUUCAUUGAGAUAGGAAAGAAUUCCCAAUUACAAACAAGAAGCACAAUAUAAAGGCCAGACUGACAAGAAAGAGACCACUUUCUAUUCUUGUUGCUCUAGUACUGUGAAUGACUGACUGAACAUGACCUUAACCAAAAUUCUUGCUUUUUGUACAGCAUAUAAUUUUGGGGACAGGGUUUUUAAUACUGAGAUAUUUACAACUAUAUUUUAUUAAUGCACAUUUUAUUUGAUCAUGUAAAAUAGACCUUAGCUUAUUUUUUUUUUAAAAAAGUGUAACCUCACAAAGUUAUAUCAGAUGUGAUGUUAUUAGCAUCACAAUUGUUCUUUUAAAUAGGAAACUACUGAAGUAAUUUUUAUGUGUUUGCGAUCUCUUGCCAUCUCAACUCUGACAAAUGUAACUGGAAUAAAAUGUACUUAUUUCAAGAAAGCUCUUC